AUGGCGUCGGGCAGUACGAGCAGCGAGGAGGAGAGGAGUCUGAGGGAGUGUGAGCUGUACGUGCAGAAACACAACAUCCAGCAGCUGCUGAAGGACUGCAUCGUCCAGUUGUGUACCUCCAGGCCUGACAGACCCAUGGCCUUUCUCAGAGAGUACUUCGAGAGGCUGGAGAAGGUGAGUCUGGGUGGGUAGGGUGGCGAGUGUGUGUGUGUGUGUGCGCACAUCCAGCUGUGUGCCUCCAGGCCCUUCCAUGAAACUCGUUUUAUAAUUGUAGUGCCUUUAUAUUGUAAAGUGUUGCCCUGGCAGCUGAUUGGCUGUGUGUGACCUCUGACCUGUGACCCAUGCAGGAGGAGGCCAAGCAGAUCCUGAACCAGCAGAAGGCCAGCAGCCGUUCUGACUCCCGGGAUGAGGAGGUGUCUCCUCCCAUGAACCCUGUUGUUAAGGGUCGCCGGCGGAGAGGAGCCAUCAGCGCUGAGGUCUAUACAGAGGAGGAUGCUGCAUCCUAUGUCAGAAAGGUGAGGAUACACACACACACUCAUAUCAACAUACUGUACGCGCACACACACACACACACACACACACAUAACUUGCCACAUAAAAAUAAACUUACAUCAUGGCUCUAGUAAAACAACAAAGCAUCAGACAAAACGCAGUCACUUAGACUAGCCCACAAAACAAUGUUCUCUACUUAGUCAUAUCUAUGGGCUGGCUGGAGAGAUUGUGAAUACCUAGUAUGAUUUGCUUAAUCAUGGAUGCUUUUUGUUUUCAAGGUCAUUCCUAAAUCAUGGGUGCUUUUUGUUUUCAAGGUCAUUCCUAAAGACUACAAAACAAUGGCUGCCCUGGCUAAAGCUAUCGAAAAGAAUGUGCUUUUCUCUCACUUGGAUGACAACGAGAGGAGGUAUGUUGUUAACAGGCUUUGUUGUUAAUGUUAUUUGAUUUGUCUGUAAAGAUUGGUUGUCAAUGUGAGUUUAGAUCAAUCCCACUGAUUAUGCCACAAACUCUUUAUUCACAGCGACAUCUUUGACGCCAUGUUUUCAGUUACCUACAUCGCUGGAGAGACUGUUAUUAUGCAAGGUACAGUAGGCUCUCAUUUUCAUUUAGAUUCAGUGGAAAUUCAAGUAGACCUGAAGUGUAUUUUUAUUCCAGAGAAAAGAUUAACAAUGUCUUCUCUCUCAGGUGAUGAGGGGGAUAAUUUCUACGUCAUCGACCAAGGAGAGACGGAUGUAAGUCUCUUUUGAUGUAUUUUAGGAACCAACAACACUCUUUUUGCACAAUGACUCUCGUGUUAACACACAAACACACACAAGCGUUCCCAUUUUAAAGAAAACAGGCCCCCAAGUUGAAAGCGUGUCUUGUUUUUUUUCUCCUGAAUAUGACAGGCUUAUUUUUGAAACUCUCUUUUUAGACCGUUCUGUAUUCUUUUUUUGUCAUAUGUUACUUGGCUAUUCAGAUCCCUAUUAUCUGUUACCUUAGCAAUGCCUACUCUCAUAGAUGUAGCAUUCUAAUUAUAUGUCUACGCCUCAUUAUUUCGAUAUAAUACAAGAAAGCACAUAGGCAGUAAACAACAUCUAAUAGAGACAGUAACACACUCACCUUAACUAAUCUUAAUGUCUAAAUACCCCUCUCCCCCUUUCUGCCAGGUGUAUGUGAACAAUGAGUGGGUGACCAGUAUCGGGGAGGGGGGCAGCUUCGGCGAGUUGGCCCUGAUCUACGGGACCCCCAGGGCUGCCACCGUCCGAGCCAAGAGCAACGUCAAACUGUGGGGCAUCGACAGAGACAGCUACAGGAGGAUACUCAUGGUGAGCCUCCCCCUACUCUGCUCUGACACUUCACCUGACUGACAUGAUUUAUUGAUUUACUUUUGGCGUGAUUAACGAUGAGUAGGGACAGGUGGAACUGCUACGAUUUUUAUAACUGCUGGAUUUUACGAAUUGAAUAUACAGACAACUACAAAAGGUGAGCCCUAUGACCAGUUUAUGCAUGAUGUUUGAAGGCUUACAACAAUUGUCAGAAUAAACAUUAGGACUUGUUGUUAUUCUUUACAGGGCAGCACUUUGAGGAAGAGGAAGAUGUACGAGGAGUUCCUCAGCAAAGUCUCCAUCUUAGGUAAGGCUCACUGUUUCUUCUGCUCUUUGACAUUUCCCCUGUAAUAAUAAUAAUAAUAAUAGUAAUUAUAGCCAGGGCCCAAACAAAUUGGUCCACCAGCCACUGUGGCAGGUACAGUGCAUUCAGACCCCUUGACAUUUUCCACAUUGUGUUAUGUUACAGCCUUAUUCCAAAAUUGAUUAAAUAAAAAAUGUUCCUCAUCAAUCUACCCACAAUACCACAUAAUAACAAAGCGAAAACCGUUUUUUAGAAAUGUUUGCAAAUUUAUUAAAAAUAAAAAACAAAAAUACCUUAUUUACAUAAGUAUUCAGACCCUUUACUAUGAGACUCGAAAUUGAGCUCAGGUGCAUCCCGUUUCCAUUUAUCAUCCUUGAGAUGUUUCUACAACUUGAUUGGAGUCCACCUGUAGUAAAUUCAAUUGAUUGGACAGGAUUUGGAAAGGCACACACCUGUCUAUAUAAGGUCCCACAGUUGACAGUGCAUGUCAGAGCAAAAACCAAGCCAUGAGGUCGAAGGAAUUGUCCGUAGAGUUCCGGGACAGGAUUGUGUCGAGGCACAGAUCUGGGGAAUGGUACCAAAACAUUUCUGCAGCAUUGAAGGUCCCCAAGAACACAGUGGCCUCCAUCAUUCUUAAAUGGAAGAAGUUUGGAACCACCAAGACUCUUCCUUGAGCUGGCCACCCGGCCAAACUGAGCAAUCAGGGGAGAAGGGCCUUGUUCAGGGAGGUGACCAAGAACCCGAUGGUCACUCUGACAGAGCUCCAGAGUUCCUCUGUGGCGAUGAGAGAACCUUCCAGAAACCCAACCAUCUUUACAGCACUCACCAAUCAGGCCUUUAUGGUAGAGUGGCCAGACGGAAGCCACUUCUCAGUAAAAGGCACAUGACAGCCCGCUUGGAGUUUGCCAAAAGGCACCUAAAGGACUUUCAGACCAUGAGAAACAACAUUCUCUGGUCUGAUGAAACCAAGAUUGAACUCUUUGGCCUGAAUGCCAAGCGGCACAUCUGGAGGAAACCUGGCACCAUCCCUACGGUGAAGGUUGGUGGUGGCAGCAUCAUGCUGUGGGGAUGUUUUUCAGCGGCAGGGACUGGGAGACUAGUCAGGAUCGAGGGAAGGAUAAAUGGAUCAAAGUACAGAGAGAUCCUUGAUGAAAACCUGCUCCAGAGCGCUCAGGACCUCAGACUGGGGUGAAGGUUCACCUUCCAACAGGACAACGACUCUAAGCACACAGCCAAGAGUAGCUUCGGGACAAGUCUCUGAAUGUUCUUGAGUGGCCCAGCCAGAGACCGGAUUUGAACCCGAUCUAACAUCUCUGGGGAGACCUGAAAAUAGCUGUGCAGCGACACUCCCCAUCCAACCUGACAGAGCAUGAGAGGAUCUGCAGAGAACAAUGGGAGAAACUCCCCAAAUACAGGUGUGCCAAGCUUGUAGUGUCAUACCCAAGAAGACUCAAGGUUGUAAUCGCUGCCAAAGGUGCUUCAACAAAGUACUGAGUAAAGAGUCUGAAUACUUAUGUAAAUGUCAUUUUUAUAUUUAAUAAAUGUGCAACAUUUUCUAAAAAGCUGUUUUUGCUUUGUCAUUUUGGGGUAUUGUGUGUAGAUUGAUGAGGGGAAAAUAAACAAUUUCAUCAAUUUUAGAAUAAGGCUGUAACGUAACAAAAUGUGGAAAAAUUCAAGGAGUCUAAAUACUUUCCGAACGCACUGUAUAUUUAACAAAUCUACCAUUCACUCAGAUUUUUUACCAGCCAAUAUAUAUUUUAUUCUGCUAAAGUUACACCAACAAAACACAAAAAAACAGAUGAGCAUGCUUUGUAAUGUUUCUAAAACAAUAAAUGUAUUACUAGUAAGAAGAAAUGUGGUAUAUUGUUUCAUUAGUCUUUUAACUAAUACUUUAGAUGAGACAUAAAUGUUCACGGGCAGGACGUUACCGUGGUAAUGCAACUGGAGUCAUGUUUGUGCCUGUGAGAUUGAGUCUGACUAGUAGAAGCGUUAUCUUCUCUUCCCUAGCAGUUGAAACUCAAACAUUGAAAAACAACCCAGCUUGUGAACUAAACAAUGUAAAUAGCCAAGAAACACAAGGACAAAGUCUCACUUUUACAUUUACAUUUAAGUCAUUUAGCAGACGCUCUUAUCCAGAGCAACUUACAAAUUGGUGCAUUCAACUUAGGAUAUCCAGUGGGACAACCACCACUGGGGGAGGGGGGUUGUAGAAGGAUUACUGUUAGACUAUUCCAGGUAUUCCUUAAAGAGGUAGGGUUUCAAGUGUCUCCGGAAGGUGGUCAGUGACUCCACUGUCCUGGCAUCAUGGUGGAGCUUGUUCCACCAUUGGGGUGCCAGAGCAGCGAAUAGCUUUGACUGGGCUGAGCGGGAAACUGUGCUUCCGUAGAGGUAGGGGGGCUAGCAGGCCAGAGGUGGAUGAACGUAGUGCCGUCGUUUGGGUGUAGGGUCUGAUCAGAGCCUGAAGGUAAGGAGGUGCCGUUCCCCUCACAGCUCUGUAGGCAAGCACCAUGGUUUUGUAGUAGAUGCGAGCUUCAACUGGAAGCCAUUGGAGUGUGCGGAGGAGUGGGUGACAUGAGAGAACUUGGGAAGGUUGAACACCAGACGGGCUGCAGCGUUCUGGAUAAGUUGUAGGGGUUUAAUGGCACAGUGAUGAACCGUCACUUCGGUAGACUUUCGUUUCAAAUAAAUUAGACCAACUUUUAUGCCAGUGCGCAGCGCUUCUAAAAAUGAAUCUUUCACUCAGCUCUACACGUGCGUACAGCCCCCUGCCAGGCAGUGUUGCAGAGCGAGGAAUAUAAGAUUCGUAGUUCUUUUGACUUUUUGCAAUUAUUUUACCGGCUAUGAAACAAAACGGCAGAAAUACUUUGAAAACAGCUACUGUAGCAUUUAUUUUACAGUAAAUGUGAUCAUACUUGACCAUUUUUAUUCACAAAUGCAAGUGAAAUGCUCGCAUUGUGGAGCCCUGACCACCCGCCAAUGUGGCUAGUGAAAUAGACAUCUUACCCGCCAAUGCCAAAAUCUACCUGCAGGUGGCGGGUGUUGAUUUUAGGCUCUGAAUAUAGCCACUUGCAUACAGUGGUUUCAAGAUGUGUUAACAACUCUUCGUCCACCACCUAGGUGUACUGUACAUUGUAUGGUUUCGUUUUGGUUCUGUAUUGUGAUGUCACUUACGUCCCUGUCUUGUGAUUCCACCCCCUUAGAGUCUCUGGACAAAUGGGAGCGUCUGACAGUGGCUGAUUCUCUGGAGCCAGUGCAGUUUGAUGACGGACAGAAGAUUGUGGUGCAGGGAGAGCCUGGCGAUGAGUUCUUCAUCAUACUGGAGGUAUGUACAUCACAUUAUGGUUUCACUCUGUUUAAAAAAAAACUCACCCUACUGAACAGCACCCUGAUGUUGGUGUUCUGUUCUUUGUUCUGUAGGGUUCUGCAGCUGUAUUGCAGCGUCGCUCUGAGAAUGAGGAGUUUGUGGAGGUUGGGAGAUUACAACCGUCUGACUACUUUGGUAAGAAGAACCUCCUCAGGCUUCAACUCUCCCUCUCUUCUCAUCAACUUUUUGUUUCUUUAAUCAUUUGUUUGUGUAUGCAGUAUAUAAGCCUGAAUCUCACAUUUUAAGGUGAUAUGAUAAGAAAAGCACACAGCUCUAACCUGAUUUGUGAAGCCUCUUACAUAUUUGGAUGUUAUAUUAGCAGAAAUUAACCAGAUUUGGGAAGCCUGUUUUGUAUUGACCAUGUAUGCCGUUCCUCCAGGUGAAAUUGCCCUGCUGAUGAACCGACCCCGUGCUGCCACUGUGGUCGCCCGCGGUCCUCUGAAGUGUGUGAAGCUGGACAGACCACGGUUCGAACGCGUCCUAGGACCCUGCUCAGACAUUCUCAAACGCAACAUCCAACAGUACAACAGCUUUGUUUCACUGUCUGUCUGA